GGCGGGAAGAGGCGGGGCGAGGGGGCGGGCCGGCUAACCGACCGUUGCGCGGCCGUAAGAGUCGCUGAGGCAGGCCGCUCUUUUCAGGGGAGAGCGCCGCGAACGGGCCCGGUUCCCGCCGCUCCGCCGAAGCGCCUCCUGCCCGGCCGCGGGGGGUGCGCCAGGGAUUCCUUUUGGAAAAUGCCAAGCCGGAGGUUUGCUGAUGGUGAGGUGGUGAUGGGCCGUUGGCCGGGAAGUGUCCUGUAUUAUGAAGUGCAAGUGACCAGUUAUGAUGAUGUUUCUCAUCUUUAUACUGUUAAGUACAAAGAUGGGACUGAACUUGCAUUGAAAGAAAGCGAUAUAAGGUCACAAUCAUCAUUCAAGCCCAGGAAGAGCCAAUCCUCUUCAAGUUCUCCCUCCAGAAGAAGUAGUAGCAGAUCUCGAUCUAGAUCUCCUGGUCGGCCCGCAAAAGGCAGACGACGUUCAUCUUCCCAGAGCAGAGAACAUAAAGAUGACAAAAAGAAAACCAUUCAGGAGACAAACUUAGCUCUACUGAAACCAAGUGAAAAUAACACCAGCAGGUACAAUGGAGAACCUGAGAGUACAGAGAAAAAUGACAUGUCCUGCAUAACCUCAGAGCAAAAGUUGAAACCAGACAUGCAAUUGGAGCGUGUGCUUGAGCAGUACACCUUGCGUUCAAGAAAAGAAGAAAAGAAAAAAGAAGAGAUAUAUUCAGAGAAGAAGAUUUUUGAGACAAAAACGAUUGAGAAAGUGCCGUCAAAAACAAAGGAUUUGGAGUUUGGUGGAAGAAUUGGGACCUUCACGCUGAUAUUUUUCUUGCCUGCUACUGUAUUCUACUUGCUGUUGAUGUGCAAACAAGAUGACCCCAGUCUUAUGAACUUCCCCCCUCCUCUCCCAGCACUUGAAAGUCUUUGGGAGGCCAGGGUGUUUGGCGUUUUUCUUCUGUGGUUUUUCCUUCAAGCCUUGUUUUACUUACUGCCAGUGGGAAAGGUUGUCGAGGGCCUGCCCCUUUCAAAUGGAAGGAAACUGCAGUACCGGAUAAAUGGAUUUUAUGCUUUUAUUUUGACUGCUGCAGCUGUUGGAACUUUAUUAUACUUUCAGUUUGAGCUUCAUUAUUUGUACGAUCACUUCAUGCAGUUUGCAGUGUCAGCUGCAAUUUUUUCUAUGGGCUUGAGCAUUUACCUGUAUAUUCGGUCCCUGAAAGCACCUGAAGAAGAAAUAGCACCAGGUGGAAAUUCUGGGUAUCUUAUUUAUGAUUUUUUUGCUGGACAUGAAUUAAACCCCCGUAUUGGCAGUUUUGACCUUAAAUACUUCUGUGAAUUGCGUCCAGGAUUAAUGGGCUGGGUGGUUAUAAACUUGGCAAUGCUCUUGGCCGAAAUGAAGAUACACAAUCAGAGUAUGCCAUCUCUGUCAAUGGUACUUGUGAACAGCUUUCAGCUUCUCUAUGUGGUGGAUGCUCUUUGGAAUGAGGAAGCUGUUUUAACUACAAUGGAUAUUACCCAUGAUGGCUUUGGAUUCAUGCUGGCAUUUGGAGAUUUGGUGUGGGUUCCAUUUGUCUACAGCCUGCAGGCCUUCUAUUUAGUUGGUCAUCCUACUGCAAUUUCUUGGCCUGUUGCUGCUGCAAUUACUAUCCUGAACUGUGUUGGGUAUUACAUAUUCCGUAGUGCGAAUUCGCAGAAAAACAAUUUCCGAAGGAAUCCAUCAGAUCCCAAGUUGGCCUAUCUAAAAUUUAUACCCACGGCAACUGGAAAAGGGCUUCUUGUCACGGGUUGGUGGGGUUUCGUUCGUCACCCUAAUUAUCUUGGUGAUAUCAUCAUGGCUCUAGCGUGGUCCCUACCCUGUGGUUUUAAUCACAUUUUACCAUAUUUCUACGUGAUCUAUUUCAUCUGUCUGCUUGUUCAUCGAGAAGCUCGUGAUGAGCAUCAUUGUAAGCAAAAAUAUGGCUUGGCAUGGGAAAGGUAUUGUCAGCGUGUGCCGUACCGCAUAUUUCCUUACAUCUACUAGAGCACUCCGGACUUGCAAAUUCCUUCAAAAGUUAGUUUCUCUGCAAAUAAAAGUAUACCUCUUACCUUUGCACUUGGUCUAUUUGUAAUUUAGGCUUUUUAAAAAUCAAAACAGCGACCAAACAGUGGAGUGCAUCAGCAGGUAUUUAAAAGUAACCUUGAAUACAUGAGUUAUGGGAACUGACUGUCUGACUUCAGUGUUUUCAAAAUUGUGAAUUUUAAAAAGUCUGAGCACCCUAAUUUCUCAAGUUAAAAGUUUUAUCUAGAAUUCUGAGUUUACAUUUUCUAUUGCAUUUUAAUUAAGCACUGUGAUGUAAAGUAUUUUAUUUUCUUAAUAACAAUAAAUACAAAAACUUCAUCCAGUUCAUAUUUUGGUGUUACUUGUACCAUCUAACUUCAGAUGCCUGAACUGGAGGAGCAGCAGGGUCUCUUUGGCCAGUGGAGCCUCAAGCAGAGGAUUUGACCCACAUGAGAGGCCUGUGCCACUGGCUGUGCUGCCCUGCAGCCCUGGGCCCAUAGCUGGCACAGCUCAGCUGGGUGGUUGUCCCCUUCCUGGCUUCUCAUUAAUGGGAUUUUUUUUUGGUCAGGGAGACUCAGAGGUCCCUCCUGCCCUGUGUAUGCAGGAGAGAUAAAGGGAUAGGAUUGGGAGGAGAGGUUGAUGAGGCACGACUGUCCCCUUCUAUCUUAUUCCUGUAUUCUUGAGGCAGUCAGAGCAUGGACAAAGGGGGACUCAGAGCUGCUGACCUGAGAGAGAGAAGCCAUGCUUCUGCCUCAGACUUCUAAAAGUAGGUGAGAAAAACACUUGUUCUGGCUGUGGCCAGAGCUGUGGAAGCAACUAGUGAAUCCUUAUGUCCUGCAUCUAAGUACUGAACACAGGGUAGCAAAAGGUGCAGCACGUGUGUAUUUGGCAGGAAAAGAGUAAAAUGACCACAGUUGGCUUCUGAUUUGUAAAUUAUGUCUUAAUGUACCAUAGCAUUUACCGAGCAUGUAUAAUAAAGCCUCCAUGUUUUUGCUGUACAGUGUUUGGAUUUGACCAUGCAAUAGCUUCCUUAGAAACAGGAGAAACCAGUAACUAAAUCCAUUUCCAGUCAUUUUUUUAAAAAAAAAGAAAUGUUAAUUGAAUAAAGGUUUUUGUAAAUUAAUGUAUUAAUUCUUGAAACAAUUGAAGUGUUUGUUUAAAUCUUUGUAUGGACAGAUAUGCUAUGGAAAUGUAGGAAAUGCUUCUCAGUCCAAAGUUGGGGUGUUUUUGAAUUUGGCAUUGCUACCUCAUAUGUAGGUUUUGCCUUUUGUACUGUUGCAGAUAGAGAAAAUAGCUAUUUUUUUGCUAUUGCUAUUUAAACCAACAUUUUUUACAUGAGCCUGUGGUUAAAACUUGACCACUUUCUAAUAUAUUUUUGUAUAUAUUUGACUUUUUAACUACUGUAUGUGUUCUAGUCACUAGUUGUGUUCUUUGGCUAACUGGCUGUAAAUCGGAUGCCUGUGCAGUAUUUACUUCUUAAGUUAGAAGGAUUUGAUAUUUUCCUGAAAUAAUCUUGCAUUAAUUAACUAGCUUUUAUUCUGUUGUCACAACAGAGAGCUUUUCACAUGCUUCAUAUAUGAGGUUUAUAGCACAAAUAGUCAAAAAAGGCUCGUUAGAUUCUUAAAUAUAUUGCAGGUACUGUCUAUGCUCGCUUGCAGGAAGGUUCAUAAUCAGAGUGUUGCUAUUAUUCUUCAGUUAUGUUCAGUUCUUUAAAAUGUGGAUGACAUAGAAAUGACAGCACAUGAUUUUUUUCAUUGUUUUUAAUAAAAGAACCCUCUGUUUUGUACACAGGCAUUUUUUAAAGCUCAUUGUACAUUUGCAGUGUAUAUAAUGUAGCUUGAUUGUGACAGUCUCCUUUGAAAAUCUGUUUGUUUGCUGUUGUGAGGAAAAUGUUUUUAAGACAAGUAGUUGGCUUUCUGGCAGAAAAUGGCUGUGCCUGUAAUAACACGGAAGAGCAUGUACCUCUGUGAGGUAGCAGGUUAAACUGGGAUGCUGCUUUAAUGAUGGGCUAGUGGGAAAUGGAGCAGCUGGUAUCUUAAAAUGUACUGGGAGACAAGGCUUAAAAUGAAUGUGAGAGUUUAACCCUGUAAACAAGGAGAUGCUACAGCUAUCCCAGUUUUAUCUGUUGCCAUGCAAGGUUGUUGAAGUGUAAGUCAGAGCCCUUGUCUUUCAGAAACGGAGCCUGACCCACAAAAAACGUUCCACUUCAUUUACAUGCUGAGUUUUAUGUGAAUUUGAUUUUGAAGUGAUUGUUUUUAACACAAACAAGCCUAUAAACUAAAAUAAAGCUUUUGCUUAACAUUA